AUGGCAAGCAAUAAAAGAAAAAUACAAAUUUUGGAAAAUAGAGUAAUUCGCCCUGCAGUUAUUGACAGUGAUAGUGACAGCAGUGAAGAAUUAUUUUCCACUAAGAAAACUAAAAAGGAUUUGGAAACAAAUGUGCACGGAAAACAAAGCACAAGCGAAUGUAAAAAUAAACCUACACCACAGACAUCAAAAGGAUUGUCUUCGCCUAGCUCAUCGUCAUUGGAACGAUUUAGUAUGUAUAGCUCAAGAGGAUGCAGUCCUUCGCUAAACAAUAUAUCAGCUUCUAAGCUUAUGCACGGCAUCAAAAUAGAUGAAAGCGAAUAUCGUGACUUGAUAAAUCUAAGAAACGAUAAUAAAAAGAUAAAAAAGAAAAAUGAAAUAGAAAGGAAAGAUCCAAAGACAAAACUUACAUUCACUUAUUCUUUUGAAGACAGUAUGUCGCAAGGGUUAACUGAAAGUAAUGAAAAUUGUGUUUUUUAUGACGAAGAACGUAAUAAACAGUUUGAAGAAAAUGAAAGACAGAAAGAAACACUUAAUGACGAAGCAGAGAGAGAGAAAGAAACAGAAAAUGUUGAUGUAGAAGAUGUAGAAGAGAGAGAGGAAGAAACAGGAAAUGCUGAAGAGGAAGAUGAAGAUGCAGAGAGAGAGGAAGAAACGGAAAAUACUGAGGAGGAAGAUGAAGAGCAGGAAAGUGAGGAAGAGGAAGAUGCACAGGAUAAUAGUGUCAAUGAAUGGGAUGCUGUCACAGAUUUGACACCUGAGUUGGAUGCGUGUACUUUAAAUGAAAGCACUUUUAAUAUUCCUAUAGAAGAUAUAUCUCCUGCAGGGCUGGAGAACAAAUGUCGUGUAGUAAUUGCAGACAAUUUCUACUCUUCAAUUGAAUUGGCGGAAGAACUCUUAUCUCAAAAAACCCGUUAUUGCGGUACCCUAAAUUCGAAGCGAAGGGGGCUACCUAAGGAGAUAGUGUUACUAAAGUUGAAGAAGGGUGAAAUCAAAGGAGCUAUGAAUAAAAAUGGCGUUAAAGUUAUUAAAUGGGUUGACAAAAGGCAACUUCUAAUGAUAUCUACUCUCAAAGAGGACAAAGAUGUGCUUGUCAACACUGGCAAAAAAAAUAGGAAGACGAAUGAAGAUAUAAAAAAGCCUACAUGUGUCUUAACGUAUAAUAACAACAAAAAAGGAGUUGACUUCAGCGACCAAAUGUCUUCAUACUAUUCUACAUUAAAAAGAGGGCUCAAAUGGUUCAGAAAAGUGGGUAUGGAAUAUUUGUUAGGCAUGGCGUUAGUAAACGCGUGGAUCACAUACAACGUGAAAUGUGACAAGAAGGUUUCAAAAAAAGAAUUUACAGAGGCAUUAAUUCAAUCAUUAACUGGAAAAAGUAUAUGCGCUGAUAGUAAGUAUAAUGACGUGUAA